AUGAGAUGGGCGCUAACGACCCAGUUGUGGCGUCUGAAGGGGCUGGGUUUCACCCGGGACCUUGACGGCCUCAGGGCUCAGGUGGAGAGAGGGCGGUGAGACGUUUUGUGUUUUGUCUUUCCCCUGCGAGAGCAGAAGACAUAUUCCUCAGGAGCGAAGAGCCGUUAGGGGUUUGGGUCCCGAUUUCGUUUUGGAGCCGACUUCAGAGAAUGAUUCGUAAAUGUAGAACGGGCGACGGCGUCCUCGCGGCACUGGAUUGACCAUGGAGCCUUAUGAUUCACCGGAAUUGACUCCUAGCCAAAGUGUCUCCUCAGAUGUUAAAGAUUCCACCCCUUGGCAGAAACGAUUAGAAUCUGUCAGGAAGCAAACUUCCUUUCUCCAGACAACCCCACGAAGGAAAAUUCCUGAGUGUUCACAAUUGCAGGAAACUAUUGAUCCUCAUAAGGUUGCAUUCCUCUUGAAUAAACAAUGGACUUUAUAUAGUUUAACUCCCCUGUAUAAGUUCUCCUAUUCUAAUCUUAAAGAGUACUCUAGACUUCUGAGUGCAUUUAUUGCCGCUGAAAAGCAAAAAGGACUUGCUAUGGAAGUGGGAGAAGAUUUCAACAUCAAAGUGAUUUUCUCUACUCUCCUAGGAAUGAAAGGAACGCAAAGGGACCCUGAAGCCCUUAUUGUCCAGAUUCUUUCAAAAUCUCAAUUGCCAUCUAAAAACAGAGAAGAUAAAGUGUUGUGGACUGGUUGGUUCUGCUGUAUAUUUGGAGAUAGUUUUCUGGAGACUGUUUCUGAAGAUUUUACCUGUCUACCCUUAUUCCUUGCAAAUGGAUCAGACUCUAAUACAGCCAUAAUUGGAACUUGGUUUCAGAAAACCUUUGACUGUUAUUUCAGUCGUUUAGCAAUCAGUGCAUUUAAUCUUUCCUGGAUGGCUGCUAUGUGGACUGCAUGCAAAAUGGACCAUUAUAUGGCUACUACUGAAUUUCUUUGGUCUGUACCAUGUAGCCCUCAAAGACUGGACAUUUCUUACGCGAUACAUCCAGAGGAUGCAAAAGCUUUGUGGGACAGUGUCCACAAAACAUCUGGAGAGGUUACUCAGGAGGAAGUUGACUUAUUUAUGGACUGCCUUUAUUCACAUUUCCAUAGACAUUUUAAAAUUCAUUUAUCAGCCACAAGAUUGGUUUGUGUUUCAACAUCUGUAGCUUCAGCACAUACUGAUGGAAAAAUAAAGAUUCUGUGUCAAAAAUACCUUAUUGGUGUGUUGGCCUAUUUGACAGAACUGGCAGUUUUUCAAAUUGAGUGAAGCCUUGAGGAAACUAUGAAUUAUGGAUCAUAUAUUCCUCUCUCAAUGAUUAUUUGCUGAGUUGCUAUGCUCAAAGAGACUGAAAGAGAAAUAGGUGUCAAACUCCAUCUGUUUUCUUCAGGAUGCCUUUGGAGUUGGCCAAAUGAAAAUGAAGAACCAUCUAGAAGGACAGUGUGGUAGUGGACAAACCACAGCUUUACAAUUAUGCAGUAGCCACAUGCUCUGGGAUAAAAAGUGUUCCACUAAUUUGUUGGUCAUCUUUUAAUAAGUAAUGUUUAUUAUGUCAUAAAAUAAAAAUGUAUCUGAUGUUUGGUAGUGAAGAUUUCAACCUUUAAAACCUUUACUCUCCUUUUUAAGCAUUUUGGACUUGUACUCAGAACCUUUGUCUUCAAAAGACAUUUUCUGCAUUGUUUUGCUAUAAAGAACUAACCAAAUUCUCUCAAAAA